AGUCCAUUCUAUGAAUCUCCCCCUCUCUCUCUCUUUUAAUUAUUAUAUUCAACGAAUUUUCAAUCAUUGAGUCUUUCAAAACCCGUUAAAACCACUUCGCCCUGCCCAUUGAUCCAUUCAAAACAACGUUUUAUAUAUAUAUAAUAAUAUAACUUGGGUUCUUCUUUUUAUAGCCAGAGGUUUGUUGGGUUUUUGAGUUUGAUUUCUGGGUUUUGCAAUGGCUGCUGUGGCUGCUGGUGUUAUUGGGGGUAAUGGGUCUUCUUGGAAUCUGUUUAAGGACAAGCCCAGGAAGAAGAAGACGGUGAAUAAGGUUAUGGUGUCUUGUGUUUAUUCUUCUGUGAUGGAUCCUUACCAGACUUUGAAGAUCCAACCUGGUGCCUCUGAAUCUGAGGUCAGGAAGGCUUUCAGACAACUUGCCUUGAAGUAUCAUCCAGACGUAUGCAGAGGAAACAAUUGUGGAGUUCAGUUUCACCAGAUCAAUGAAGCUUAUGAUAUUGUUAUGAGCGAUUUGAGAGGAGAAUCUACUCCAUCUCCGAUGUAUGAGACGUACGAUGAAGGAGUUGAUGAGCCGAUGAGAGGAAUGAACGAUCCGGAUUGGGACAUGUGGGAGGAAUGGAUGGGAUGGGAAGGAGCUGGAAUCAGGGACUACACAUCUCACAUUAAUCCUUAUAUUUAAAGAAGAAAUGUAAUUAAUCAAUAGAUGGGUUAAAUCCAAAUCCCUUUGCAACCUAAAUGGUUGUUCUUUGUAUAUAAUGGAACUGAGGAUCAAAUUGUCCUUUUUGUACAUAGCUCAAGCAGGCAAUGCCUCACCUCACCAUUUACAAAUGAAGAGUUCUCAAGAUUUCUCGUCACUA